AAGCCCCAAAAGCCCUAGCCGCCUCCCCCUUCGUCCUCCGCUCCACGAGACCACGACGCAGGGUUUUCUGGUUCUUGCUGUCUUGGGAUCUUUGAUUUGCUGCGAAGGCGAAGGCGAAGAUGAGGCCCGUGUUCGUGGGGAACCUCGACUACGACACCCGCCACUCCGAGCUCGACCGCCUCUUCUACCGCUACGGCAGGAUCGACCGCAUCGACAUGAAGUCAGGAACUACAGAGGCAAAACUCAACUCCUGAAACACCCUCCAUGCACUCAUCCGGCCAUCCCCUUCACUUGACCAUCCAUUACAUGACGCGCGCUGUUUACUGUUGUUACCACUGCCCGAGCAUGUUUAGCGGGGACUGGCACCAUCAUGUGAUCCAUGCCGUGCCGUCAGUUCCAUCAUUCCAUACCAUGCCAUGACUAGCAGUAUCACCAUGCCAUCCUCCCGGCAUCAACAUCACAAUGUUCUGUGCGUGCUGUCUCAAUAAGCAAUGCCUGUGAGAUUGUUCUGUUAUUGGUGAAGCACUCUCAGUAUCUCCUGAGUCGUAUCGUCUUACUUUGGAUAUAAGUUAUUACAACAUCAUGCUUAGCUCUGAUCCAUCAAUGGAAUCUACCAAUAACCACACUAGUGCUCUUCAUACCAUCAGAUAUUUUGCAGGAUUUGCUUUUGUCUACUUUGAGGAUGAGCGUGAUGGUGAUGAGGCCAUACGAGCCCUUGAUGGCUAUCCUUUUGGCCCUGGGAGGCGCAGGCUUUCGGUGGAGUGGUCACGGGGUGAUCGUGGUUCCAGGCGUGAUGGCUAUAGCAAACCACCUGUGAAUACUAAACCCACGAAGACACUAUUUGUCAUUAACUUUGACCCCAUCAACACCAGAGUCACUGAUAUCGAAAGGCAUUUCGAACCAUUUGGAAAGCUUUCGAAUGUUCGGAUCAGGAGGAACUUUGCUUUUGUGCAGUUUGAAACACAGGAAGAGGCCACAAAAGCACUUGAAGCUACUCAUUCUACCAAGUUGUUGGACAGGGUGAUUUCUGUUGAGUAUGCCUUCAGGGAUGAUACAGAACGAGGUGACAGGUAUGAUGGUGCAAGAGGUGGCUAUGGUAGGCGAGAUGAUAGUCCAUAUCGUCGAUCAGUUAGUCCAGUGUACAGGUCACGCCCAAGUCCUGACUACGGUCGUCAAAGGAGUCCUGUGUACGGUUCGUAUGACAGGAGUCCUGUUAAUGAUCGCUAUCGAAGCCGAUCUCCUGUCCGGCGAUCAAGAUCCCCACUUGCCAACAGAAGAGCUUAUGAUUGACAGAGUUUUCUCAAGGGUGGUUGGCUGGUUGCUGAAGGGUUUGCAUCUGCCUCUCUAGAUCUUUAGCAGUGAUAGCAAGAACUUGUCUUCUCCGUACUAUAUAUAUAAUUUAGAUAUGGGUACUCAUGGGUGGUUCGUAGUCGAACUGAAAAUCUUUUACCUUUUGUUGACCUGGAACUCCGUACUAGUAUAAUUUAGAUAUGAUGUGUUGUGCAUCAAGGCAAAACUCUGUGCGAUGUACCUGUGCCACAACGUUUUCUAUGACUACCGCACUUUAUAUUUCUAGCCU